GCCAGCAAUCCAAUACCCGUCCCCCCGCCACAGUUCCCAUUGAACUACAUGGGAACUGGCUCAAUCGGGAUGGGGAGGCAACCACUCUUGCCCUCCACCCCGCGGACGCCCAUGACUCCACUAUAUCCAUCCAACGCCAGGCACUUUCUCAGCCUUCCGAAAAACGGACAGGGCUCUGCGCGCUCGCCGAAGGGAGUUGGCAAUUAGCGCCGAGCCGGCGGCCGACCAGCCGUCUGACGGGCUGAGGGAGGGCUGGUGCUGGUAGGCGGUGCGCCUGGCCCCCGCCUCCUUCUUGCCCCCCUCGGGGAGGCCAGGAUGUUUACAGUCUUGACAGCGGCGACGGCGGCGGCACCACCACCAGGAAGCGGGGAGGAGGCUGAAGGGGCUGGGGUUCUUGGAUCUCGUCGCGCUCCCUCCGGCGUCCGCUCGGACCACUUCGCCUCAGGAGCCAGCAGCUCUGCCUAGAGGGGAGUCGAGAAGGAAAAAAGGGGGGGAAAUUGGACCUCGCGCGCGGACGCCGGCAGGCACCACCCUGCUGAGGUCCUUUGGAAGUGUUGUGAUUAACAAUGGAUGAGCAAUCUCAAGGCAUGCCAGGCCCUCCUGUUCCACCAUUUCAGCCACAGAAAGCCUUGCGACCUGACAUGGGCUACAAUACUUUAGCCAACUUCCGGAUAGAAAAAAAGAUUGGCCGUGGACAGUUCAGCGAAGUUUAUAGAGCUACGUGCUUAUUGGAUGGCGUGCCAGUAGCUUUAAAAAAAGUGCAGAUAUUUGAUUUAAUGGAUGCCAAGGCCCGUGCUGACUGCAUCAAAGAAAUAGAUCUUCUUAAGCAAUUGAAUCAUCCAAAUGUAAUUAAAUACUAUGCCUCAUUUAUUGAAGAAAAUGAGCUAAAUAUAGUGCUGGAAUUAGCAGAUGCUGGAGACCUCUCUAGAAUGAUCAAGCAUUUUAAGAAACAGAAGAGACUGAUUCCUGAAAGGACAGUUUGGAAGUACUUUGUUCAGCUAUGCAGUGCCUUGGAGCAUAUGCAUUCACGGCGUGUCAUGCAUCGAGACAUCAAGCCAGCAAAUGUAUUCAUCACAGCUACAGGAGUAGUAAAACUUGGAGAUCUUGGACUGGGAAGAUUUUUCAGCUCCAAAACCACAGCUGCACAUUCUCUAGUGGGAACACCUUAUUACAUGUCUCCUGAGAGAAUCCAUGAAAAUGGAUACAACUUUAAAUCAGACAUCUGGUCUCUAGGAUGUCUGUUGUACGAGAUGGCUGCAUUGCAGAGUCCAUUCUAUGGAGACAAAAUGAACUUGUAUUCCCUAUGUAAAAAGAUAGAACAAUGUGACUAUCCACCCCUUCCGUCAGAUCACUAUUCAGAAGAACUGCGGCAAUUAGUUAAUAUGUGCAUCAAUCCAGAUCCGGAGAAGCGACCAGACAUAACCUAUGUUUAUGAUGUAGCAAAACGUAUGCAUGCACACACUGCAAGCAGCUAAAAGACUCGGCAGCUUAUGCAGAGAACAGCAACCUGGAAAUAUUUAAGUGUUGUUAUACAAACAUCCUUCUACCUUUUCUGCAAUCUAUCUGUUGCCUAAAAUUUAGUUGUUUGCAAUUAGCGUGUUUAACAAUUUUUGUCACAGAGUUUAUAACUUAAGAAUACUUUUUAUAUAAUAAACCUUUUUGUUUUGUUUUUUUUAAACAUAGAACGUUUCUGAAAAUUGAAAGCAGAACAAAGAAAUGGGCAGUCCAGUAUUACUUUGAAAAGCUAUGCAAUUUCACAUACGUUAUUGUGUGAAUGGCAGAAUUUUUGAUAUGGUUUUGAUAUUUAGUUAUACAUAUCAGAUUUGCUUGUUUGUAUAUGUUAUACCUGUCCUACAAGCAAACCUAUUGAAUCUGUUCCUCAGUUUUUGAUCAUUUACAUAAGUGAUGAAUCAGCACAAUUAGUGAAUUUCUUGUUCUUUAGUGAAUGUAUAGUUGCUUUCCCCCUUCCCCAGAGGCAAUUAAUUAAUAGGACCUUUUAAAAUGAAUUAUAUAGUUUACAGUUUUUCUUGUCAAGAUAAACGUAGAUAGAAACCAUUUUAUUGGCUGUUGAGCACUAAUGCAGCUUCUGAAUGUGAAAGAAUAACUUUUAGAGAAAUGAUCCCACAGGGCGGGGGUGGGGGGGACGGGAGAAUCCUGGUGACCUGUCAUUUUCUUAUCCUUGUACAUUGUCCUACACCAAAAAUUGAUUUCAAGGUUUGUAUUAUGUAGUGCCUUGCCUCUGGAACCUGCUUGAUGUGUGCGGGAGAGAAUUGUGUCUUUGUACAGUGCCUAGGAUUCUGUUUGGAUUAUUCUCAAAAUCUAGAGCUCUCAAAAUUGAGUUGCACAAAGCCAAGCAUUUCCAAAUUUCUUUUAUUUCAGUGGAGAGCUAAGCAUGUAGAAUCAAUGGGUCUGGCAAGUGCUUAAUUGUGUCUUCCUGUUGUAAAUGGGUUCCUUCUAUGAGGGCACAUUGCUUUGACUGACCCCAUCUCUGAGAGAUGAGGGCUUAAAGAGAUUUGUUUCAAAGACCUACCCUUUUAUGUUUCUCUGUACAUUUUCCCCCCUUAAAAUAAAUUAUUGGGGUGAUUUUUCUCCUCCAUAGUAUAUGUCUGAUUUGAUGUUAACGUCCAGUUUACUCCAAGUUUGCUUUGUGUUCUGAGCACUUUCAUGUAAACUAGCUGCCAUGUAGAAACCACCUGAAGUCACACAUUCAUGACAGCUGCUCCAUAUGGCAAGCUGCUUGUGUGCUGUGGCUCCCUAUGUGGGCUAGUGGCCAACACAUGGCUUUCUUUGCAAAUCAGCAACAGGAAUGUGUUGUGGCUGCAUAAAGUGAAACCACCUAGCAAUAGACAAUCUGCACAGCAGCUGGGAAUUGAUAUGAACUGUGUGUUUUACAGUAGAAACAUCUACUUCCUUGUGAUUUAAAAAAAAAACUUUAACUUUAAAACCAGUAUUUUUCCGUAAAACGUUAGUGCAAGUCUGAGGCUUAAAAAGAGAGCUUUAUUUUUUUGCAGCCUCCAUUAUCUUUUCAAAUGAAGACAUACUAAUACUUUCCUUGUAUUUUGAAAUGAAAUUCUUAAUUGUUUGGAUAAAGCACUCAUGGGUCUGAACCAACAUUUGUUGUGACGUGAAAGAGCAUUAUGUUGUGAUUACAAAUGUUGGUUGUUAAGAAAGUCUAUCUCAUAAUCUUUGGAGACCAUACAGUCUGCAAAUGCAUGAAGUGUCAAAACCGUCCUUUGGUCCUCAAUGUGAAUUUUAUGGAUAGUGUGGCACAGAAAGGUGCAGUAUGUACUUGCAAAGCGAUAAUAAACAAAGACUGCAGUAUGUGAAAAUAGUAAACCACAGAUCUCUUACUAAUUCACCAUGCAGUCAACAUUUUUACUUUUCCUCUGGUUACACUCAUUACCAUAAGAGCAUGCAUGGUAAGGUGAAUAUAUUAUAUACACAUGCGCACACACGUGCACGCUGCCCCGAUACUCCCACAGCCACUGUUCCAUCCAUUUGCUGUUGUGCUUUUGUGGGAGCUACAUUUGAAGAAGCGCUUCCAUUGUGCUGCUUUGCUUAACUUAAAGCUACAUAUGCAGCAUUCUUCCUCAACAUUAUAAGCUCCCUCAGUAGCUUGAAGGUUAGAAAGGAGAACCAUACCCCAGUAUCCAUACCAUCACCUUGUUUACACACAGCAGUGCCAAAAAAGCUGUCCAUGUAGCUGAUUCCCACUUCUGGCCUCAAACCCAUAGGUCUUUAAGGUUAGAAGGGACAAUGCAAGUAUCACACAUGCUACCUCUGCAGCUCAGUAUAAGGGCAGAAUAGUGUUAUGGUGUCUGCUCGCAUACUCCUGCCCCCACUGCAUUUAUGACAUGCUCAGUUGGCUGAAAGCAAUGGGUUCCUCAGCUGACAAUCGGUCAUGCUUGCAUUACCUUUAUAAAAGUGCUGGCUUUAAGAAUGUAGACCCUCUCGUGACUAAAGGAGCACCUGAGAGCUGCUUUCAUUUGGAUGGAUUGUUUUGAUCUCAGCAGUGUUAGAGAUAUUCCAAGCAUUUGGACCAGCUGAAGAUCUGGCUUCAGGCAAGAAGGAAGGUCCAGCAGCUCAGGUCAUGAUCUGCAGCCAGAAGAGGCCUGCACAACUUGUGACCUAUCAAGUCUAAUGGUCAUUCACUUAAAUCAAUACAGCUGUGUAUGGAGGCUUACUGUCUAUUUCAGAAUUCCCUUACCUUAGCCAACAAGCAAAAUAGGGGUGCAUUUGGCUUGGUGAGUCACAGUUGCUCAGGCCUGAGCCAGAGACUUUGCAUUGCUGGCUUUGGAUCAACCUAACACAUGCAGUAUGGUAGUUUAUUAGGAAAAUCAUGUAUGUUCCUACCCCCUGCCCUGCCCCAUGAAUGGGACUAAAAUUAUGCUAAUAAUUGCUUGGCCCUGUAUUACUAUUCAGUCAUUCCUUUAAGCUAUGGGUUGCCUCCCCCCAUUAGAACAUUUCAUAAGAUUGGGGGCCAGAAACCGCCGCAUUAAAUGCAGUAACAGACUUGCAUCAGAUACUCUUACAAGGUAGCCUUAUGAAUAUGUACUUAGAAGUAAAUCUCACUGAGUUCUCUGAGGCUUGCUCCAAAGUAAGCAUGUAUAGGAUUGCAGCUUUUAUGCUCACGUCAUUGUAAAAAUGCAUGCUUUUUUUCAGCCAGAAAUUGCUUCUAAAUGAAAACAGUUUUGUAAAGGCUUGGCAAUAAUUAUGAAGUUAUGUUAAGAUAAUUUAUCUGCAAAACAGUUGUCUGUUUACAAAUAAAAAAGCAUUUUUCUCAGUGUUGCUCAUGUAGGGUAUAUUAUGCCAAAUGACCAGUUAACUUGAUUUCAAAAGUCAACAAAAAGAUGGUAGUACAGAUAUUUCAAAUAGAAGUCAUUGAAAUCAGAAAUAUUGGCUAAGGUUAUGUCAAUAUUAGGAGAGGAGAGCUGGUCUUGUGGUAGCAAGCAUGACUGAUUCAGCAUGAUUCAGCAGUUCUGAAUCUGGGGAAUCUAGAUCUGCUGCCCAGGUUAAAAGUGAGUUGGGACACAAAGAGAGCCAUCCUACCCUUUUUUCUCUGAGUCAUCUGCAGCACCAGUGUGUGUUAAACUGCUCCUGGGCUGCUUUACCAAUGGGUUAUGUGGAAAGUGGCCAGGGAGAGGAGAGCUGCUGCAGCACUGAGGGCUGCCUCUCCACUGCUUCCACAAUGCAUUGUGGAUUAUGUGGAGACCCCAUUCCCCAGUUUCAGCCAUGGAGGACACUGCUGCUGUGGCAUUGGUGUGGGUGAAUGAGCUGUAGAGCCCAAAGGAGGCUCUGGUCAUCUGGAAGGCACACGGUAAGAGCAUGCCUUUCCUCCAGCCCACUCCCAUUUGGUUGGGAGAGCAAACCCUAUAGGUUGUAUCUUAACCUGGAUUUGUGUGAAUGGAAGACUUCCAUCUGCCACCCUCAGGAAUGGAUUUUCAGAGGCUCCAAGAGACUGCUAUGGGAACGAGGGAGUAGGGAAUUCCUCUUUGAGAACUACUUUCCCUGCAUGCUAAGGUUAGGAUAUGGCCCACUAUAAUGAUGACAGCCCUGUCAAUAGACCCAGUGAACAUUUUGCUCAACCUUUUUGUUUGCCAACCCCGUCCCAGCCAGGACUCAGAAGUGAUCAUACCUUAGAUGCAGAAGUCCUGCUUCACAUGUUACAAAGGAAAGCUUGGUGGGGGUGGGGAGAUUCAAAAGUUACUAGUGGUAGUACUGCUGCUCUUAUGCUACUUUGGUAACACUGAGAGGAAGAAAUGCAUAUAUUCAAAAGUGUCAACAUGGUAAUUUCAUGUGCCAGCAUCACCGCUCCUUAGGGGAAGGAUUCCUUUCUUCAGAUCUCAACUUAGCAGCAUGGGAGCAGUUACGCCUCUAGUGGUAACAUGAAUUGGGACAAAGAGUGACUCACUCACACUCUGACUUUCUUUGCAUUUGUGUAGAACAUGGUUUAGCUCUCAAUAGAUCUCUUCAUGGUCUAUGUUCUACAAAAUGGGAAUAUGAGAGAAUUCACUGACUUUGUAUUUACAAACUUGAUGCUGAUUCUGUACAUGAAAGAAAAUGUUCCUAAUUACAGUUAUCGGCAAAUAACCAUGGGAAGACUGAGCCAUAUGAUCCUACCCAUUCUGUCCGCUUCCUAGCUAAGUAACAUGGUGGAAGGUGGAAGAAAGGAGACCGUAAGAAACAGUCUCAGGGAAUGUAUGGCAAAGUGCUGUAGGAAUAGUAUUAUUUUCACAGGGACUCCUUUCUGUUGAGCUCUAGCUUGGUCCUAAUUGGGGAUCAUACUAUGCGAUUCCCUUGUGCUCCCUGUUAAAGAGUCAAUGGAACUACUUACUUGACUGCUGGGUCAUCUAGGGCUAAAAUAUCCAACCAUGUAUACUUCUGAAUUACUCUUACAGUUUAAUAAAUGCCUUAACUUUUUCUUCAGCACGAGUGGAAAAUACUAUCCUGGACUCUACACUGAGUAGAUGUUGCUGUUAACAUUUACUGUAUUUAUUAACCAAGCUGUUUGCAUUAAGAGUGCUUAUUUUUUGAAAUGAAUAUAUUACUUGAUAGCCAAAAUGUGUACAAUUUUUGUCAGCUUUAUAUAUCAGUAGUACUGUAAUAUUUUUGACUUUAUGAAAUAUUUUCUUUUUUGUGCUUCCAACACCCACGCAAGGAUUGUACUCUUGUUUGAAAAUGUAUGUUGUAUGAUAUCGAUAUAGACAUAAUUAAAUAUAUUGUAAAUUACAACAA